GGUGGGGCUUGCUGACGGCAGGGAGGAGAGUGACGCGGGAGCGCUUGGGGCCGAGAGUUCGCGGCAGUGGGCGCGGGCGCGAGCCGGGUCCUAAGGUCGCGCGGGCGAGAGUGUACUUGCCUGGGCGGCCGCGUGAGGUGUGUGGCGCGCGCCGCGCCGGCCGGCCGGCCAGCCCCGCGUUCCAUCGGGGGCGGGGCGGCCGCUCUCCCCCCAGCAGCAGCCAGGAGCAUGUCCUCGAGUAGGGCCAAGAAAGUGAAAAUGGCCACCAAGUCCUGCCCGGAGUGCGACCAGCAGGUUCCUGUUGCAUGCAAAUCGUGCCCUUGUGGCUACAUAUUUAUUAGUCGAAAGCUCUUGCAUGCCAGACGUGCUGAGAAAUCACCACCCACUGCAGAAAACAAGAGUGAGGCCAAAAGGAGACGAACAGAGAGAGUUAAGCGAGAGAAGAUAAAUUCUGCAGUAAAUAAAGACUUAGAAAACAGAAAAAGGUCCAGAUCUAACAGCCAUUCAGAUCAUAGCAGACGGGGACGAGGAAGACCUAAGAGUGCCUCAGCCAAAAAGAAUGAGGAAGAAAGAGAGAAACAAGAAAAAGAAGUUGACAUGUAUGCUAACCUUUCAGAUGAAAAGGCUUUCGUGUUUUCAGUGGCCUUGGCGGAAAUAAACAGAAAAAUUAUCAAUCAAAGACUUAUUCUCUAACUCAUCAGCACAAUCUGACUUAAUUGUAUGCAGUAUGGCUAGCAUAUUUCCAAGGUGUCAUGGACUCCCGGGAGGCAUAUUGUUUUCAUCAACCAGGACCAUAGCUUUUCCUUGUUAAAACUGCUGCUGUUUUGGAGCUCACAGACUUUUGUGUGUCUGCACAUCAGCAAGAAGCAACAUUGUCAACAUUUUAGUUCUUUAUGCCUUGGAGACUAAUGCUUGAUGAAUGCACCGAGAAAAUGCACCAUUUCCAGAGCACUUCGUUAGAUUUGCUGCCCAGAAAUGCAAUAUUUUAAAUACUUUCCAAAAGAAUGAUUUUCUUUUUAAAACGAAAUAUAUUUCAGAUUUUUCAACUAUAUUACUGUUUACAUAUGUAUAGUUCAUCUAACCUUUUAAUAAAUUGAUAUUCUGAUAUUUUAUUGAA